UGCUUCCUCCAAACAAAAGUCGCGCAUCUCCGUAAUUCCUUGUCCCAACCCGAGGCGAUAUCUGUCAUUCUGAAUCCCCUCUCCCCGCAUUCUUCCCCGAGGGCGGUUUUUGCAUAAUAUAGAGAGAGAGAGAGAGGAAGGAAAGAAAAAGAAAGGACUCGUGGAAGCUCUGCUCGCGUGAUGCGUGGAAUAGUGGUGACACGACCAAGACAUGGCCAGCGAUCCUUUCCGUCUGCUUUUCUUCUCUUCUUCUUCUUUUUCUUCUAAAUGGCGUUUCUCUCGUUUCAUGGUGUAUAGGAAAUCCAAACCCUAACAAUCUCUGCUUUUUUUAUUCUUUUUCCCGUUCGGUCACCUUUUUCUUCUUCUUUAUUUUGUUGAUUUCGCUGUAAAUAUUCAGAGAGAGCGAUGGCAGAGUUAGCGAAGGUGUUGUAUAUAGUUGUUGUGGACGAAGGUGAGAAGAGAGAGAAGGAGACGUCGUCGUUUCGAUACACGCGACCCGUUCUUCAGAGCACUCUUCAACUCAUGGGCUGCAAAGCUCGUCAUGCCUUCAAGAUUAGCCAAAGGGUUUUUGCAUUGAUAAGAAGUGAGUCUUCUUACAACUCUCUACUUCAAGAAGGAAGUGAGACAUUGAAUUCUGAUGGUUUGAAAGGAAACUCUGAGAAGGAAGAUGUCCGUCCGGCCAAUGGUGAUAGAAAUAAGAGUAUACCAUUUGAGUUGUACAAAAGACGCACAUCUGUUGUUGUUAAAAGAGAAACUUUCUUAGACGUUGUCUGUGACGCUUUGGCUGAAUAUAAGUAUGUGGGUCCAAACCAGAGGGCUGACUUGAUUUUGGCUUGCAGAAUCCGAGAGAGGAAGGAAUCUGUAACUGUGCUGUUGUGUGGCACUAGCGGUUGUGGCAAAUCAACUCUGUCUGCUUUGCUGGGUAGCAGGUUGGGAGUUACAACUGUGAUUUCAACUGACUCGAUUCGCCACAUGAUGAGGAGUUUUGUAAAUGAGAAGCAAAAUCCUCUACUCUGGGCUUCGACCUACCAUGCUGGGGAGUGUUUGGAUCCUGUGGCAGUUGCAGAAGCGAAGGCUAAGAAGAAAGCAAAAAAAUUGGCAGGCACCGCUCAAUCACUUCCUAAAGGUGAGCUAGCGGAUGGUUCUUCAGCUGGCAAGUCCGAUGCUCAACCAAUGGAGAAUGGUUCUACUAGUACUGAAUUGAUCAGUCCCAAACAGAUGGCUGUUGAAGGAUUCAAGGCACAAAGUGAGAUGGUCAUUGACAGUCUAGACCGACUGAUUACUGCAUGGGAAGAAAGGAAAGAGUCUGUAGUUGUUGAGGGUGUUCACUUAAGCCUCAAUUUUGUUAUGGGGCUUAUGAAGAAACAUCCUUCGAUUAUUCCUUUCAUGAUAUACAUUACAAAUGAAGACAAACACUUGGAACGAUUUGCAGUUCGUGCAAAGUACAUGACAUUGGACCCUGCAAAAAAUAAAUAUGUGAAAUAUAUAAGGAAUAUCAGGACGAUACAAGAUUAUCUAUGCAAAAGAGCUGACAAGCAUUUGGUCCCCAAAAUAAACAACACAAAUGUUGACAAAAGUCACUUGUCAGCAGCAGCUCCUGUUUGUCAUUCAAGAGACAUCCGCGUCGGUGUUGGCAAAAGCAAUCACAUGAAGUCUUAA